GAUGACUGGCCUCAUAACCGGACGCGUCUUCUUCAUCAUCAUCCACCAGACCACCAUGCCUGUUGCCUGGUCAAAGUAAUGAACUCACACUCACACCGAAGGAGCCCCGUGCCAUCAAAAGCCGGACGCGGCUGAGCUUUCGCGGCCGCUGUUACUGUAGCAGAUCGAGGCGCCAGCGCCCAGAGGUUAAAGGCAAAGCGAGUUUCCUGUACCUGUACUAGGGUAUGUGUGUCGCUCAAGGAGGCCACAUGCAGAUGCAGUUGCAGUACCAGUAGACUAGCAGUAGCUCUCUGCUCCUCUCUCUCUCUCUCUCUCUCUCUCUCUCUCUACUGCUUCCAUUCCUCGCCUCAUUGGCCAUUUGGCCUGCUUGCUACUUCUCCCUCCCACAGAUCUUGGCUUCCUUCUCCUACCUGCAGCACAAUCACAAGCACUUGCAGCUGCAGGCAGCCAGCAACCUCGCGGACUCGGAGGGAGGGAGGCAGCCGUCGAGAGCGCCGCUUCAGGCGGCUUCAAGUUCAGUUCAGUCCCGCCAAGAGGCGGCAAAAGUUUCCUCUUGAGUUGGUAUCAUUCGGUCGAAUCUUCAGAGCCUAGACAGACACCAUCUCCUGAAGCAACCAAGUUGUCUGAAGAUAAUAAAAUACAGUGAUGCAUCAAGACAGUUUCAGAUCAGUGGUUUGCAGAUCCCUCUCAAAGAGCCUUCCCCCCAGAAGCAAAGAUGGCAGCUGUCCUGAAACAGUCCAGUGUGUUGUCCCUUGUAUUGUCACACUGCAACCUUCAGUCUGUCGGAACUGCCAAGGCCAGGAACAGAACACAUCGCAAAGCUACAGGGAGGAAAGAUCCAUGUCAUUCCAUGGGGACUACCAUAUGGCUCCCUCUGUAUCCAAGCAUUUUGCUGAGGACCUCCUAAGAGGCGCCAUGGAUCUCCAGGAGUCCCUUGUGAUGCUUGAGAGAUUCCAAGCUGCAUCACAGAGCAUGAGGCUACCCAACAAGAAGAGAAGACCAGAAACAGGUGAAAAGUCUCCUAAAAUAGACACCAUAAUCCGUGAAGUUCUCCUCAGACCAUCAAAUGCCAAGCAGGUACUAACUGUAAGUGCUAAUGAUGGAUCAAAACAGCAGUUAAGAAAUUCUACGGAUGAGUUGAAGAAUGUGGUCAAGGAUAGUUUCUACAGGAAGAACCACUUGUCGGUGCCCAAUAAUGAGCAGGCCUCUUUGAGCCAGUCAGCACGGUACUUGCCGAGCAAUUAUCUCAUGUCCAAGCCUACUCAGCAGAAGAAAGUGGUGCCCAGGUCAUUGCCAUCUUGUGCAGCAGUACAACCUGAAAAGUCCAAAGGCCCAAGCUUAGUAGCCAAGCUCAUGGGUCUUGAUGGAUUGCCCUCACCGAAAGGCAACUCUACCAUGAAAGACGAUAAGAUUAAGACAGCGAGUUCACCAAGAGCACUGUUUGAUAUUGAGAGGCCCAAGUCACAAAGGCUACUGCCACAAUUAUUCAAAGAGGAGUCUGGUUUUGAUACAGAGAUGCCUAGGUCAGAAAAGCUGCCACCAAAGCAAUAUAAUGUUCAAAAGAAUUCUACUAGUUCACAGAAGGGCAUCGGCACUUCAUAUAAUACCAGAGCCAUUAAUGAGAUUGCAUCGAUGAAAUCGAUUCACAGAGAGACAAAUGUUGAACAAGCUCGACCAAAAUCCCCGAAAGAAAUCAAGAUAGUCUCUCCUACAAGCAGAAAGCAACAAGCAAAAGAGAACACUGAGGUUAAUAGGACCAUGGAGAAACAAAUACCUUAUUUAAGUGAAAGAAACAGACAAGGGAGGAAUGUCACAAAGGCGAAAGCAGGAUCGGUAUCUCGUAAUGCAGAAGUAGUGAAACGGCGUGAUAGGAAAUCAGUUGCAUCAAGAAGCAGUCGUACUUGUGACUCAGUGAAGCCCAACGUAUCGAAACAAUCUAAUAAUUCCAGAGUGAAGAGAGUGCCCAUGAGAAAUGUUAAAAGCUCCACCAUUGAUGAAUUAGUGGCUUAUGAGAUAGAAAGAGAGAUAUUUCAUGCUCUGGACCAAAUUGACGGUCCAUCCACAGAACAUAGCGCAACACCUAGUGACGAAGGCUGCCCAAGUGCUGAAUGGGAUGAAAUAUCUUCUGUGGGCGACAUCCUGAAAGAUUCUGGUGAACCCAAUGAAACUUUGCUAUCUGCUAUCCAUGAUUACAGAAUGAGUUCAGCCGAUGGAGAAGCUAUUCACCCAUCAACAGACAAAAUCUCAACAAAGGAAGCUGAAAUAAAAGAUGAUAUCAUUUUGCUUCUCCUAAGUGAUAAAUCAUUCCUUAGCAGAGCAGCUAAACUCAUAGGCAUUGAUGUGUGUGGGGAUCUGAAUGACCAAUGUAGUAGGAUUUCCAAGGUUGAACUGAAAAACCAUAAGCUCUAUUUGGACACAGCAGGAGAGCAAUUGGAACUAAAACACUGCCAGCGAAACAGUCUGUGUUACACUGGAUUGCAGGGCCAGAAAUGCAGAUCAUCAGCAUGCUUCUCACUGGAGGAAUUACUGAGAGAGAUCAGCAACGGGAUUAGAAAUCUGAGUGGAUAUUGCAGUGAAGAUGCCCGUGGCAGCAAAGAUAACCUAGACAUGAAGCUGGAGAGGGAUCUCAGCUGCAUAGAUGCAUUGAUCAGUAGUGUUUGGGACAUGGGCUGGCAAGGUUUGGUUUGCAUGGAAGAGACAGACUGCUUCGUCAGAGAUGCUGGGGAAGAAAUCCUGUCCUUGCUCAUUGAGGAAGCUGUUCUGGACAUGUGUCUGCACUGACGUAUAAACAUACAGUAAUAAGUUGCUGCCACCGUGAAGAUCUAACUUGUAGGAACUCAUCGGCACAACUCGUGCUUGUAGUUGUAUUUUAUAUUAGGUUUGAAAGUAGAUUUCACCCAUGUAAUCAUCCAGGUGGUAGCAUAAGAACCGGUGAAGUUAUGUCUUCAUCAAGACAUGAUUGUAAUCUGUGCAAAACAAAACUGUGCGGGAAAUCAGAAGGAAAGAAAGAACAUGUUUGCACAGUUGAUAAAUCUUGACAUUUCAAUUCCUCACAUGCUCCAGAACCAACAACAACAACAA